AUGGCCACCCUGGCUCCAGCACCUCCCGCCGAGCUUCAGGUCGCUGAGCCGAGCGAGAAAGCCGUCUCGCCGGCUCUCGACCUCGCCGCCGCCGACUCGCCCAUCACCCGUCCUGCGCCAGAGAGGACUGUCGCCGUCUUUCGCGAGGUGCUCGACAACGUCGACGAGCCUAUCCCGACCUACGACGAGCUCGAGCGCUUCGGGCUCUUCGACUUGGCCGACUGCGCACGACGCCUCGCCGAGUACCGCCUCAAGCACCCUGUGCCGGCGACGUCGUUCGCCCUGCCCCCGCCCUCGGCCUCGAGCGACUCGGAGGCGCCCAGCACUCGCCGUCCUCGACCGACCAAGCCCCACCACCGGCAUUCUGUCGCCAUCGUUCCCCUCUCCAAGCCGUCGCAGCAGGCUCCGCCGCUCGCGAGCCCGUCUCUCGCCAUCCGCGUCAACCCGUUCAACCUCGUGCGGCGGACGUCGCUCCGCCCGCGCCCGUCGCGAGCCGCCAAGAGUACGGGCGACGUGCCCCUCGCACCGACGAGCGAGUCGGCGGCGCAGUCGGCUCCGCAGGCCGUUGCCGCCGAUGCCGCGCAGGCGGCUAAGCCGCGCCCGUCGUCGCGUCUCGACCCGGCCAAGGAGAACCGCGGCGCGCGCAAGCUGCGCAAGCAGGCGCCGCCCAAGAUCACGCUCCGCACCGACGACGAGUACCUCCUCCGUCCGUUCGCCGAGGCCGUCAACCCGAACGCGGCCAGUCGGCCCGCCCUGACCGUCUCGGUCCCGACCUCGGCCCACUCGCCUCGUCCGACGGCGCCUCGUCGACAGAGCUGGCGCUCGGGCACGUCGUCGUUCGUCAGCUCGCCCCUCGCGUGCGAGCCAAGCGACGACCCGUUUUCUCGCCCUCGGUCGCCGUCGCCUGUCGCGACCUUCCCGAGCAGCGUCCGGCGCGAGACGCUCCCGCCCGUCGAGCGCAAGAAGCGCGACUCGAGCAUGUCGUCGUCCGAGAGCGUCUACCUCGCCGACAACGAGCGCACGCGCCUUUCGCCUCGGGUCGAGAAGGCGAGCUUCCGGUUCAGCGUCGGUGCGCCGCCGAGCCCGACCGGCUCCGCCUCGUCGAGCAGCGUGUGGUCGCGCGCGCUCAAGUUGAGCAUCCCGAUGGGCAGGCGCAGCGGUUCGCGCCCAUCGAGCGUCGCCAGCUUCGACUCGCCCGUCUCGCCGGUCGACGACUCGGGCCGCAGCUUCGAGGUCCUCGGUCGCCGCGCCUCGCCGCGCCCUGCGGUCGAGCGCGCCGCGUUGGACGCUACGGUCGUCGAGGCCUCGCGCCUGACUGCUCCGAGCGAGCUGUCGGAGCUCGCCACGUCGGCGUCGGCGCCCAACUUGAGCCGCAUCGUCGAGCAGCCCGAGCAGGCCGACAAGCGCGCGUCGCUCGUCUCGACGGGCUCGCGAAGCCUGGCGCACGCCGCCUCGUCCGACUCGCUGCCGCCGUCGAGCGGCGUGACGACGCCCGCCGUCGUGUCGGCCUCGUCGAGCGUGACGAUCCGGGACGGCACAACGACGCCGAGCCGCCCGGCGCUCCCUCGCUCGCGCGGCUCGUCCAACCUCGUCCUCGCCUCGUCGUCGUCCUCUCGGUCCCUCGCCAGCGCCUACGCCAACGCGCCCGCAUCCGCCCCGCCGCUGCAGACGUCGUUCCCGUCGACGUCGUCGCUCUCGCUCGGCGCCGACUCGUGGCACUCGUCGCCGUCGUCGAACGCCCACUCGCGGUCGCACGACUCGCUCUUCUACUCGGGCAGCGAGAUGCACCGCGACGGCGAGGACGAGUUCACGGGCGCGUCGUCGGCGCAGGACGACGACGACGACGUCUUUGUCAACGAGGGGCGUUGGCGCCGCUCGUCCGGGCGCAAGGCGGACGCCCUGCCGCAGGUCCUCGCCGCGCCGGUCGUCGUCGACCAGGGCCACUUUGUCCACCCCACGAUCGGCCAGGCCGUCUGAGUUGCGCUGCUCGAGUCUGUGCCCUCCCUCCUUC